GGUUUACCUUGACGCGGAGUCGACCCUAGAAGGUUCCGGAUUGCAAAAAGAGGCUUCUGAAGACCACAGUCACAACAGCCUUGUCCACGGUCCCGGUAUGAAUAAUGACGCAGCUGAGCAUAAAUACUACAACAUCAAUAACAACAACAACAACAACAUCACGAGCAGCCAGCCCAUCUACAAGAACAAGACUUACCAAUCUUAUCCACCGAAUGAAGAGCGGUUCAGCGAUGAAAAAGUGGCAGCAUUGCUCGAAAGCAUAAGGUACGAAAUGGCCGAAGGGUGGAAAGGCAGACGAGAGUUUGCAGAAUUUCUACGAACUUUGUUCGGGCAAGAGAUAGCAGAUGAAGACGACGACAAGGCGAGCACAUUUAUUGACAUUAGCACUAGUAGAGUGGAGGAAAAUACGCAAACAGGAUUCGCCGAGGCCAUGGAAUGCCUAACAAGUUUGUCAUCUGGUGUCAUCGCCCGUAUCUGCAACAGGCUACUCCUCAGGCAUAAUAACGAAGCAGGGACACGCCAUUUGACACCACUCGAGAUUCCGCCCAUUGCGACACCGCCCUCGCCCAAGGAGGAUCCGCCCAUUUUGGUAGCUAUACUUACUUCGUCGCUUUUCUCGUUGAUCUUGAUACUCUUAGUCUUAGUCACAGAUAUCAGUCCUUGAGUGGGAGUCCUACUCAGAGUGAGUACUUACAACAAGUAGAAACGCGAAGAAAGUAGGGCUAGGGAUUCAUUUUCAUUUCUGCAGAAAAAGAUAUUGAUAUCAUCGCUGUGAAGUAUCUUAUGAUCGUUGCUGUUCAACACUAUUUUCAGACACCGACGAACAAAGAUAAAGUGCUUGAUCUCAUGGGCAGGAUGGAUGAGGAGGAGUUUCAUCAGUUUGAGUGUGCUACUACAGCGGACGGAACGCAGAGCCCUCAAGUAGAUCAUAACGAACGACUCGAUUUUGCUUUUUACCUGAGGGACCUCGGGGCCAACAUGAUGAAGACGACGAUAACAAAAGGAUACAGCUACUCCUUGCAUUUUUUCGGUGGAGUUGAAGCAGCAAAGCUUUUUGAAGGUGUUCCUGAGCUUAAAGGAUUCGGAACAAACCAGGAGGAUGGUCGUCUUCGUGGUAAACGUGAUACUUAUGAUUAUCAGCCACGUGAGGUCGAAGGCUAUCUCUCCGGGGCCUUGGAUGCGUACGAACAAUUGCUGGCGGACGAGGCGGAAACGGGAGUGAAGUUGCCGAAGGACAACCCCAACGGCAGUGUUGCUGUUCUGGCGGAAUCAAUAUCUGACGAACAGAAGCAGGAUUUUCUUGAGUUCCUCAACCUAAAUGGGCCACCUUCAAUCACAAACCCUUUCCGCCGGUUCCUUGCGACGGAGGUGCCUGCAGGCGAAGAUAGCAUUGUCCAGGAUAUCGAGCAGAGGAGCCAAACACGCUUCCGCGUCACCAAAGCGAAAGUCCAGAACGCUUCGGACUUGGAAACAGACAAAUUGCCCUUCAAGCAAGCACCUGCUCGCCAUAAAGAGUGGUGGCUUAAUCUGUGGGGAACCGACACUGAAAUAGAAAUUGGGCAAGUGUAUGCCGCCGCAAAAAUGUGGCUGAAGAAGGACAACAAGAGACCUGAUGAUACUCGGACGCUCGAACUCUUUCGGGUAGAAGACCACUUCAACAUGCUUGGCCAAUCUCCCAUCCCACUAGCCUACCUUGUAGGAGUACACAAGAAAUUGGACGAGACGAUGCAGGAUGACAAGUGUGGGCGGGAUGAUCCUUUUCCAGAGCGGUAUUGUUGGUUUUAUACUAUUGCUGUAAUCUACCUCACCGCGCCUUCGCCAGUCAGUACAAAUAACGCAGCGCAGGAAUCGGCUUCGUAGACUACGGGACGAGAAAGCGGUAACUAAUCAUAUCCGAGUCCUGCCCAAGGCACAAGAAGGAGAAACUUGAUAAAAACAAGAAGAACAUCUUCAAUAAAAGGGACAAGAAGAUCAUCGAACAUCAAUAAAACGAACGAAAAUAUCUGAAGUGCUAGACCAAGGGGUACAUCCAAAGGAAAGCUCCAAGCUUCACAGGAGCCAUCUUGUGCAGCACUGCCAGUAGAGAACAAGCUCCAGACUACAUUUCUGAUUAUUAAAAACUUAUCAUCAUCUUCAACAACAUCAACUUCAACGUCAUUUGUCUACUAACACACGACAAGCUCGCUGGAAAACAUGCGUCUAAAAGCAAGUCCACCAAGCAUCGAAAUACGUUUUCUGUUCCUGUCUCGUAGCAUACUAGUUCAUACACCUCUUCAAUUGCAAGUGAAUACAGUUGCAGCGCCGCUGCGUCAACUAGAUCAACAAGGGGAACAGCUCUAGCAAUUUUAUACCGAGGUUUUGUACCUGACGAAGAAGACGGUCAACUGUUGAAGGAUGUUGUUGCAGAUCCAGACAAGAGGGAGAUCCAAGAGAACGAGUGUCAUAGCACCAGCACAACCCAAGUCAGUGUCUCAUAAUUUUCAUACCAUAGGAUAUUGCGAAGCUGAACCGGAAGCUGAACACGAUAGUUAUUAAGAAUCCUGGCUGUUACAACUAACGGCGGUGGCGGGCUUUGUUUAAUCUCUUCACCUUGGUGGAGAAACUAGGCAUUUCCGGCAAAACAACAGAGUGAACAACCGCGUUGUGCAGUGAAGGGAAACGAAAAACUGAUGAAGCAUAUUGACACUCAAGUCGAUGAACAAAGAGAUCAUGCACAUGUAUCCACUUUUAUUGACGCCAACACCAGAACUCAUACCUCCCAAGACACAUCUAAAUUUAAUAUGUUCUUGUUUAUGGAACUACAGGAACCCAUUAUAUUGGUGUUGGUCAAAAAUAAAACAUAUCUUAUCCCUGACCUUGUCCGCGUCCUCUUGUGUACAAGUUUGCUGACCAUCAUGCUAUUAAGGUACACCUUCAACACAACGGAUGUGCUGGAUCACUUAUAACUACAGUGAUUCUACUUUGAAGCGCU